AUGGCCACCGCCGGCGCCGAGGGCCCCGAAGGUGGAGAGGCACGUGGUGGGCGCCGGCACCGUACCAGCGACAGCGUGGCGUCGAUGACAUCGGCGAGCACCAUGCGGUCGGGCGCGGGCACGAGCUCCACCGACACGAUGCAGAUGGUCCGGCUGCGCUCCGCGAAGUCGAGAGUGUCCGCCGAGUCCGCCGGGGAGCGGAUCCCAGAGACGGAGGCCAUCAUUGGCGAAGCAUCAGGCUUCAGUCCGACGCUCAGGACGGAAAAUACCUUGGACAGCCUUCCCGCGCUCAGCACGAGCGUGACGCCGAAGAGGCUGACGAACGACGAGGUGAUCGGCAACAACACCGCCAGCGCGCUGAAGGCGAGGCACUUGCAGCGGAGCAAGUCGAUCUUCGUGGGGAGCUACGACUGCGCGACCCCAGACGACCAUCUCCUCUUCUCGAGGGCCAUCGGCCUGCAGGAUGACGCCACAUCACCCACGUCCAUGAACGGCAGGGGAAGCCUGCUAUCCUCGGACUCCUCGCGGAACACGCCGACCAAGCAGAGGCAGUCCGACCUGUGCCGGCCCCAGGGCGCGCUGGGCCCCAGGCCGCGGAGGCGGAGCGACGAGAACCUCCAGCUGCGUCCCAGCCGCCUGUCUGUCAGCAGCCUCUCGUCCGACGGUUCGGUCGGCAGGCUGAACAACCCGGACAAUUGGGGCUCCACUAAUUCUCAAGACGUUGACUCGUGCACCGUCGCUGGCUUCUUCCGGCCACUCACGUCCUCGAGGGCCAUCAAGAAGCAGCACCUCGACUUCGGGCGGAUCGCGAGCCAGAUCUUCACGCUGACGAGGGACGGCGCCGCCGGGCUCGACGCCGCCGCCGUGGAGCAGCGGACCAGGUGGAACUGCAGCCACCGCUGCGCGUGCUGCAGGCGUUGUCCGGGGCGCGCGCGCUGCGGGUCUUGGUGGAAUCGCUUGCAGAUGGUCUGCAGGAAGCUCGGAGGCAGCGGGUUGUUCACAGCGUUUUUCUUGGCACUGACGAUCUAUGUGUUGUUCGGCCCAGACAUUCUGGAUCUCGUCCGCCAGAAGUACCUCGACUACCCGUUCCUAGUGAUAAACACUGUGGUGUUCGCCCUCUUCUCGUUCGAGCUCAUCGUGCUCAUCGUGGGGAACAGCAGCUAUGGGACGUCGGCCUUCGUCGUCCUCGACAUCGUCUGCCUGGCCAGCCUGGUGACGGACACCCUGCUGGUAAAUGGAUACGACCUCGGAGUCCUGCUGAGCGAGGACAACGCGCGCCUUUCGCGCGUGGCCCGGUCCUCCAGGACAGUCCGCUUGGUCCGGCUGGUGCGGCUGGCAAGGGUCGCCCGCAUGUUGCCGAAGCUUCUCACAUUCCUGAGGACGCAGAACCACCAGCUCGGCCAGCAGGUGCUGUUGCGGAGGCUGUGGCGGGGCUUCUUCGUGCUGGACGGCGACAAGGACGGGUUCAUCUCCGAGUUCGACCUGAAGGUGUUCUACCUGAUCGUCCUGCGGGAGUGCCCGGACAUGUGCCGGCACACGGCGGCCCAGCUGCUGAGCUUCGACAAGGCGUACAUCGAGAGGAGCGUCUCCUCGGACCCCGACGCGCAGGAGGACGGCACCGAGGGCGCGCUGGACUUCCAGAAGUUCAGUCAGAUCAUGCUGAACACGCGCCUGGGCAAGGAUCUCGUGAACCACCACAUCGAGGACCUGGAAAUGGGGGAGGGCGUGUGGUCAUUGACGCAGAAGCUGAGUGACAAGACCGCCAUGAAGGUCUGCGCCUGCGUGCUCUGCCUCCUGAUCACGGUUUCCCUGCUGGAGAUCGACGCGGUGGACGCGGGGCCCCUUGUCGGGCUGGCGCAGCUCGACCAUAUAGUCAGGUCGGAGGCGCUGCUCGGCGCCCUCAACUUUGACUACCUGUGCAACCAGAUCAGCCCCUUCUGGGACAGGACCAGCGUACUCUUCCUGCACCUCGACGGCAUGUCCUUCGAGAGCGGCUGCUGCGACUCCUGCUACACCAACGCAACGGCUAACGCGGCGAUCGAUAUGAUGAAUGAGAAGAUCAGGACCUCGCGUAUCCGGCCCACAGACAUGGAUUCCAUCUGCUUGGUCGGCGGCACGGCCGACCUCUGCUCGGCGACGGACCUUGGCAGGGUAAGGAGCCUUGCGCUGCUGGACAUGUCGAGCCGGGUGCACGAGGACGCCGUGUGGUCCAUCGUCACGACGAUAACCAUGCUCUUUUUGUUGUUGUGUUUCGUCUUCAUCCUGAAUCGGAAGAUCACGAGCUUCACCAGGACGAUCCUUCAGCCGCUGCGGUGGCUGGUGGACGACAUGCAGGCCCUGUCGUCCUUGGAGCUCCUGACAAUGGACAAGGACAUGCCUGGUGGGGUGGUCGUCAAGACGGUGGAGGAGCUCAGCCAUCUGCAGUCUGCCUUCCAGUCGAUGCAAGGCGCCAUUCGCGGCUGGUCCAUGUUCGUGCCCCCAAUGGUAGUGCAGCGGCUCUUCAGCUCGGGAAUCGAGGCGGGCAUCGGCGUCAACAAGUGUCACGUUACCAUUCUGUUUUGCGACGUCGUGAAGUUUGACGAGAUGUGCAUCGGCCUCGAGCCGAACGAGAUCAUCGAUCUGUUGUCGACGGUCGGGAACUUCAUCGCCGAGGCGAUCCAGCAGAAGGCCGGCACGCUGCUGGAGUUUAUCGGCGACGAGACUGUGUCGGUGUUCAACGUGCCCAACCACGUCAAACAUCACUACGUGGCGGGGCUGGAGGCCGCGAGGGAGAUCCACAGGGUGAUAGACAGCCAUAACCCGUUCAUCUCGCAUGAGGGAAAGGAACUGGAGAUCAAGUGCCGUUGCGGAGUUCACACGGCCCGCAUGUUGGCCGGCAACAUCGGCUCGCCGCAGCGUAUCAAGUACGGAUUGCUCGGGGAUGGCAUCAACCUUGCCGCCCGCCUCAAGGGCCUCAACUCGCGCUAUGGUACCAGGACGCUCGUCAGCGACAGCACACUGCAGGCGCUAAAGAUGGUGAGGCAUUCAAUGCACUACCGCCCGGUCGACGUUGUGGCCGUGAAAGGGAAGGUACAGGGCACGCCUGUCUACGAGGCCUUACCGCUUUAUGCAAACGAGGACAACAAGAAGUUGCUGGCAUGCGAGAAUCACCAGAAGGCUUUCGAGCUGUACCAGCAGCGGCAGUUCCACGACGCCGCAGAGCUUUUCCAGGAAGUCGAGAACACCUUCGUCGCAUCUGGCUGCACUAAGGACGUCGCCAGCCGCAUUCUCCGCAAGCGAUGCCUGGCGUACAUGAAAGACCCACCGCCAGAGGAUUGGGAUGGAGUGGAUCGGCUCAAGAUGAAGACGUUCGAUGUGGACGACGACGAUGACGAGGCGCCAGCGCCGCCGCAGGAGGGCGGCGGGGCGGAUGCGGCGGCCAACGCGAGCGGGAUCGUCGAGAUAGACUCGUCGCGGAGCGACGUGAUGCGGAGCAUGUGGUGCUGGGGCUACUAG